AUGGAUGACGACUUCGGAGCCGAUGCCGACUUUAUCGCGGCCCUUGCGGCCUCCGAGGCCAGCCCGGCGUCUGGUGGGCAGGCACCACCGCGACGCCCGCCCCAGCAGCCCACCCCUCAAAGAAUCCAGAGAGUCCAGCAGCCAACUCCGCAAAGGCUAGAUAGAGCGCCGCCGAGUAACGGCUCAAGCUCCGGGUCGAAGAUCGUGCAGCCCACGCCGCAGGCAUUACCGCAGCGUUCUGCUGGCUCGUCGAUUCUCGUCUCGCCCCGGCAGAAGGGGAACCCUGUCAUCGCAUGCUUGAAGUCCCUGCCGUGGGAGUACAGCGACAUCCCUGCCGACUACGGCCUGGGCCUGACCACUUGCGCGCUCUUCCUGAGUCUCAAGUACCACCGCCUCCACCCAGAGUACAUCUACACGCGCAUCCGCAAUCUGCAGGGGAAGUACAAUCUGCGCAUCCUGCUGACGAUGGUCGACAUCCCGAACCACGAGGACUCGCUACGCGAGCUCUCCAAGACGUCGCUGGUCAACAACGUGACGAUCGUGCUGUGCUGGUCGGCCGCCGAGGCCGCGCGCUACCUGGAGCUGUACAAGUCGUACGAGCACGCGAGCUUCGCGGCCAUCCGCGGCCAGCAGGCGACAAGCUACGCCGAGAAGCUGGUCGAGUUCGUCACGGUGCCGCGCAGCAUCAACAAGGCGGACGCGGUGGCGCUCGUGAGCAACUUUGGCAGCCUGCGGGCCGCCGUCAACGCCGAUCCGGAGCAGGUCGCUGUCAUCAGCGGGUGGGGCGAGAGGAAGGUCAAGGCGUGGUGUAAGGCGGUCGAGGAGCCGUUCCGCGUGAAGAAGGCGGCGAAGCGGGGGCUCACCGCGGAGCCGAGCGAGGAUGGGCGGAGGGCCAGGCUAGACGAGGCCGUCCCGCUGCACGCAGCACCGCCCCUGAGAGAGAUGGUGGGACGGAGUACGUCUGGGAGUGUUCCUGAAGGCGAACAGUCACAGUCCACAUCACAGCAGCAAAGCAGACCUCGUCAAUACCAAAUAUACGACCCGGAUAUCGACGACGAGGACGAGGAUGCCAUGGUAGCCGCUGCUAUUGAGGAGUCUCGACAGAUGGCCGAGAGCCAGCAGAAAUCAUCUGCGUUGAGGAAAGACGACGAUUUAGCAGAUGGCGUCGCUGCUGCUUUAGCGAAACUUCGCGAGAAAGGAUGA